GAAAUGCAUCGACAUAUUCGAGGAAGUUGCAUUGUGGCCACUGCUAGAUCUCCCCAAACAGCAGCGUGAAAAUACUGCAAAAUAUACAAGCAUCAGAAAGCACACAGCCUUGGAAUUUUCUUUUGUACGGUCUCUGUUUUGCCUUUAGUCUUUCUCUGGCAAGCAAAGUUUUCCUCCUGGUUGCAGGUCAGGGGCAUUGGGGGCGGCGGGGGGUGGGGGGGUGGGGAGAAGAGGGGGACAGAAUGUGUGUGUGGGGAAAGGGGUAUCCGAAAGCUUCUGUUUAAUCUGGAAGAAGCAGGAGGAUCUCCAGUGAGCAAGGAAAUAUCAUGGUCAACACACACAAAACUAGGCUCCUAUUCGGUGAGCCACUCGGUUCUCUUCUUGCAAUAAGCAAUUAAAAAACUAAGAGAAAAAAAAAGGUAUAUGGAUCCAGAUUGCCCGGUGCAGCAGAAAGUCUGGAAAGAUUUUGUUUGGUCGCUGUAACGAAGAAAAAGAGAAGCUGUCAUUUUGUGUGUGCCCUAUACAAGGGCCUCCUGGUUCCUUGUUAGCUUAUAGAGGGGGAAAACAACGCGUUUGAUGUUACAUCUGACCAGCUGCUGUUCUCCAUAAUAACAAGCGAGAGAACUGCCUGCCCUAGUGAGUUGCGUCACUUUUGCUUCAACUUUAGGCUAGAAAUCAAGAGAGCGAGAGAGAGGAGAGACAACUUUCAAGGAAGCAGGAGGGAGCUGGAAAGCCCUGCAGUCUGCCUCCCACCCACUCACCCCUCCUCCUUUGCCCCUUCCUUCCCCUCCUCCUCCCCCCAAAAAACUUUUCCAUCCGAGAAAGAGGGAGAUCUCUUUGGAAACAUGGAGCUGCUCUGCUGCGAGGUGGAUCCCAUGCGGAGAGCUCUGCCCGACCCGAACUUGCUCUAUGAUGACCGCGUUUUGCACAAUUUAUUAACCAUAGAAGAGAGGUAUCUGCCCCAAUGUUCCUAUUUCAAAUGCGUCCAGAAGGACAUCCAGCCCUUUAUGAGGAGGAUGGUGGCGACCUGGAUGUUGGAGGUCUGUGAAGAGCAGAAGUGCGAAGAAGAGGUUUUCCCCCUAGCCAUGAAUUAUUUGGACAGAUUUUUAGCUGUGGUGCCCACCAGAAAGUGCCAUCUGCAGCUGCUGGGGGCAGUUUGCAUGUUCUUGGCCUCCAAGCUGAAAGAGACAAUCCCCCUCACUGCAGAGAAACUUUGCAUAUAUACGGACAAUUCCAUCAAACCCCAAGAGCUGCUGGAGUGGGAGCUGGUGGUGCUGGGAAAGUUGAAGUGGAAUCUUGCAGCAGUGACUCCACAUGAUUUCAUUGAACACAUUCUAAGAAAACUGCCUCUACCUACAGACAAGUUGCUUUUGAUCCGGAAGCAUGCACAGACAUUUAUUGCCCUUUGUGCCACAGAUUUUAACUUCGCCAUGUAUCCACCAUCAAUGAUAGCAACUGGAAGUGUGGGAGCAGCCAUCUGUGGCCUUCAGCUUGAUGAUGGGGAAAGUUCACUGUCCGGUGACAGCCUAACAGAACUCCUGGCCAAGAUCACAAACAUAGAUGUGGACUUCCUUAAAGCCUGCCAAGAACAGAUAGAGUCGGUGCUAGUAAGCAACCUUAGGCAAGUCCAGCAGCAGCAACAGCAAGGAAAUCCUUCUAAGAUGGUGGAUGAACUGGACCAGGCCAGCACUCCCACAGAUGUGAGAGACAUCAACCUGUGAGGACGUCAGCCCAGACAGUCGUGCUUGCUCCCUCUGCUCCUCCCCUCCCCUUUUUUUUAGAAUGAAAUCUUUUUUUUUAAUCUGCUCCCACAUAAAAUGUAUUUAAAGCUCUUUUAGAUACAAAACAAAACAAAAAAAGAAGUAAUUUAAAAAAGCAUUUGGUGCCUGUGAUGUUCUACAGAAGGGAAUCCCACGAUAUAUUUGAUAAUUGCUGUUUGAUUAUGUAUUGGUGAUAUUAAAUGCUUAUAAAAGCAUAAAAAGUAGCUAGAUAAAUGUAAGCCUGCAUUUGUGGGAACAAAGUAGAAUAUACUUUUCUGUGCGUGCAUUAUGACCUAGUGCAUACACACCCUUUUUUAAACUUAAGAAAGGAAUUGUGUGUGUUAUGUUAUGGCUUGACUAGAUUGCAAAGCAAUAGAAUUAAGGGGUUAGGGCAAAGUGGGAAAAAAUCCCUGAAGUGAUUGAACCAUUUUGGAUGCAGAAGAGAUUUGCUGAUCUAUCACCUCUGUUAUUAGUCAGAACAGUUUGUUGGAUUUCUGUAUGUUAGUUUUGUUUACUCUUGCUGUCUGUGGUAGCUGCUACCUAAGAAAGAAGAUGCUUUAUUUUGCCAGCCGGAAGAGCAGGUGUUCCUUUCCCCCCACCACCACUGCUUCCUACUUUUCCUCCAGAAAUGGUUCAUUCUAAACACAGCAGCAUCUUUGGCAUAAAGCUGAUCCUGCUACCCAGCAGUGGUCCAAGCCAAAGUAUAGAAUGCUUGCAUUAAAUGGCAGAAACAUACAGAUUAAAAAUGACUUGCCAACAAAUCAGACACCUCUGAACUUUGGAUUCCUAGAUGCAGUGGAUCAUCUGUGAAAAAGCAUUAUAUUCAUUCACAAUGCUAAUGCUACACAUCAAUGUUAACUUUUGGCAGCUCUUUAGUUUGGUGUAAAGGCAAUUAAAUGAUGCUCUGCCCAUCUUCCUUUUUAACAUCCUCACUGUGUUAAAGAAGAUGUGAUUUCCUUUGAUCCCCCCUCUCCCUCCAAAAAAUACAUUUUCCAGAUGUUUAUAACUUUACUGGUCCACAGUUAGCAUUAUUAUAAACCAUUUCAUUCGAAAAGCACUUUGAAAAUUGUUCCUAAGGGAUAAAUGAAAUGGUUUAUGACAAUUGUGCUGAGCAAAAAAAAAAAAAAAAAAAAAAAGCAGCAAUGCAUAUAGCUAUUAAUAGUCAAUAUUUUCCAAUAUCUGAUGUACUUUGCUAGUUCUGGUGUUGCUGGAAAUUCCAACACCUGCUUCGGAUGACAUUCCUGUCACAACAUUCCGGAUGAAAGUCUGACAAUUCUGUGUAUUGUUCAGUGUCAGAAGGAUCUUAACACCACCUGCAUGCUUAUCUAUGGACAAUGAAAGAAAAUUGCUGGUGCAAAAGAUACAAAUGGUAAACAUCAAGUCAUUCAGCAUGAAAAUCCUGUAAAAAGAGGUGCAUUUCUAGAGCCCAGUACUCUUUUCAUAAAUUGUUCUCCACAGCAAAGCAACUUAUGUAGGAUGUUUUUAAAAAACCAAAAAACCUACAGAAAAAUUAAGUUUUAUUGGACUUUGCCAUAAGUGUUGUGCAAAACUUGGAAGAAAAAAAAGACUUUGUGUUGGACAAAGACAUGGAGAGUUUGAGGAGAAAUGGGCUUCCAUGCAACAAAUCUAUUUCAGACUUCGGGCAGGAGAAGCGAUCACAACCUUCUGAGGUUCCACCACCUCCUUCACACAUGUACAGGGUUUUAAGCUCAUGGAUACAUACUAUUGUUUCUCCAGUUUGUCAAGAUCAUUUGAAUUCUCAUUCUGUCCUUGAAAGCACAGCAACCCCUCCCAUCUUGGUGUCGUCUGCAAACUUUAUAAGUGUACUCUCUAUGUCAUUAUCCAAAUCAUUUAUGAAGAUAUUGAGUAGAAUUGGACCCAGGACAGAUCCCUGUGGGACCCUACUCCAUAUGCCCUUCCAUCUUGACUGAAGCAUUGAUAACUAUUCUCUGAGUAUGGUUUUCCAAUUAGUUGGAUCCACUUUACAAUGUGUUGGUUUAGGCUACAUGUCCAUAGUUUGCUUAAUUAAGGCAUGAUAUAGCCCAUCUCCUGCUCCCCCGAUCCACAAGCUUGUUACCCUAUCAAAGGAUAUUAGGUUGGUUCUUGACAAAUCCAUGUUAACUGUUACUUAUAACCUUAUUUUCUUCCAGGUGUUUACAGACUUGACUGAUUAUUUGCUUCAUUCUUUCCAGGUACCAAAGUUAAGCUGACUGGUCUAUAAUUCCUUGAGUUGUCCUUAUUCCCCUUUUUCUAGCUAGCUACUAUAUUUGCCCUUUUCCAGUCUUCUGGGAUCUCCUGUCCUCCACAAGUUCUCAAAGAUAAUAGCUAAGAGCUCAGAGAUCUCUUCAGCAAGUUCCUUAUGUAUUCGAGGAUUUAUUUUGUUAGGCCCUGCCGACUUGAACACAUCUAACUUGUCUAAGGCCUUGUCUACACUGCCACUUUACAGCACUGAAACUUUCUCGCUCAGGGCUGUGAAAGUGUGAUGUUUCAGUGCUCUAAAGUGACAGUGUAGAUAAUGCACCAGUGCUGGGAGCCGCAAUCCCAGCACUGGUAGCUACUCCCCUCGUGGGGGUGGCUUUUUUACAGUGCUAGGAGACCUCACUUUCUCCAUCUUCUGUAAUAAAAAGUGGUCUCCAAUGGAUUCCAAGAACUUGCUGGAUAAUCUGUGCCCUGCUGUAUUAUUUUCCUAAUGGAUGUCUGGGUAAUUGAAGUGCCCUAUCACCACCAAGUCCUGUGCUUUGGAUGAUUUUGUUAUUUAAAAGAAGUUUCAUCCACCUUUCUGGUUAGGUGGUCGAUAGUAGAACUGUACCAUGACAUCACCCUUGUUUUUUAACCCUUUUAUCCUUACCCAGAAAACGACGAAGAGUCCUGUGGCACCUUAUAGACUAACAGAUGUAUUGGAGCAUGAGCGUUCGUGGGUGAAUACCCACUUUGUCAGACGCAUGCAGACUAACACAGCUACCCCUCUGAUCCUUAUCCAGAGACUUUCAACUGGUCUGCCUCCCACUUCUAUCUUGACAUCAGGGCAAGUGUAUACAUCUUGAUAUGCUAGAAAACGCUGCAUCCUUUCCCCUCUGCCUGUUCUUCCUUAAGAACCUGUAUCCUUCUAUACCAGCACUCCAGUCAUGUGAAUUAUCCUACCAAGUCUCUGUGAUGCCAGUUAUACCAUAAUUGUGAUUAUUCAUUAGUAUAUCCAGUUCUUCCUGUUUGUUCCCCAGACUGCUGGCAUUAGUAUACAAACAUCUAAGAUGUUCAUUAAAUGUCCAUAUUCCCUCUUGUCUCUUUUUGUCCAUGAUGCGAUUGCCUAUCUUCCCCCCUGAUUCUGAUCCUUCAUCCAGAUCUCCAUGUUCUGAACUUAUCCGUGGGCUUUUGUCUCCUUCCCCAUCCAGCCUAUUUUAAAACCCACCUCACCAGGUUAGCCAGUCUCUAUCUGAAGAUAUUCUUUCCCUUCUUUCAGAAGUAGACCCCAUCUCUGUUCAGCAGGCCUUCUCAGAACAGCAUCCCAUAGUUGAUGGUAUUUUUCUAAACAGAAUAGAAUUGUAAUUCAUAUUGGUUAGUUUUAACACUGGUGACUUUUUACAGGAAACAGAAAAAAAUAACCCUCCAGUGUCAUACUGAUGAUAGACUGACGUUGAAGAAACCUAAAUUUUCAUGGGCUAAAACCCACUUCAUCAGAUUUUAGCCCACAAAAGCAUAUGCCCAAAUACAUUUAUUAGUCUAUAAGGUGCCACAAGGACUCCUCAUUGUUUUUGCUGAUACAGACUAACAGAGCUACCACUGUGAAACCUGAAGUUGAAAAGAUUCUGUGCAUAUUUCAUUGUAAGCCACUAGGUGGUAGUAGUAGACUCAGUCACAGCUACUACCUAAUUCAGAUUGUGAGGAAGAGAAAAGAGAAAAAACCUAAAUCCGCUGUAGUAGUAAAUAUUGUAAUUAUAAUGUGUGGAAAAGUGACACACCAAGUUGUGACGCUUUGGGGUUUAACCUAGACCAGCAAGGGGUUGUGUCACUCCCUGCCCUGCAACUCUGGAUGCCUUCAAUGUUGUGCUGCUCUGGCUCACAGCCUGGACACCAACAGCCAGCCUUACAAGCAUGCAGGUAUCAUCACCCUGACUUCCACUGCCCAGUUACUUUUUACAGAGGGACUCCAACAUACUCCCAGUCCUGAAUUUCCCCAGAAAUUUCUGCCAGUGUGACAAUCUGCGCGGGUUCCCAGAACUGUGAAUUACUUUGUUCUUCCUUGCAACCUCAGCAAGCAAUUGUUUUUGCUACUGCUAAACUGUGUGACAACUCACUGACACACCAGCUUGUCUGCUUUGCCAGCCAACUCUUCAGGGCUCUACAAGUCCAAACCUUGCUUUGCAGGUAACAAAUAGUGAACCCAAACUCACAAGUUCCCAAGAGGCACCCCUGCAGUGCCCAGCCCUCUCCACGAGCACUCGCAGAAGUUAGUAAUUUCAUUGCUCCUGUAAUUUCAUUGCAAAUUGACGAACUCUUAUUUCAAUCACAGCAUUGAAUUAGUUUGUAGUAAAAGUAAAACAAGUUUAUUAAACAAAAAGUCAUAGUUUUAAGUGAUUAGAGGCACAGGGAAUAAAGUCAGAAAGGGUUACAAGCAAAAAAAAAGUAAAAAUACACUUCUAAAACUAAAGCCUAAUUUUAGCAAGCUACAAUCUCGACUAGGCAGGUUUCUCACCUAUAUUCAGUUCCAAGAGAUUUCUACCCCCUUAGUUGAAGAACCAUUCUGUGAUUUAAAGCGCUCUGAUCCCUUGAAUCCCUCAAAUGAUAGACAACUAUGGGGUUCUCUUCCAUUCUUUUUAUAGUCCAGCAAACCUCUAAAAUGUAUUCCUUGACAAGUACGCCCAGACAAAGCAUCUCUCUCCUGCUGGAGUGGAGACCCCAUGAUGUUUUCUCCACUGCUGAUUAGUUUGAUAUCUUUGUUUAUCUUAUAUGUAAAUUUACUUUCAUUGUCUCCGUCUAAUGACCAGGCUAGUCAGACAAGCAAAUACACAUUCCUUUAUCUAGGGCAGACUGGGCUUAUGCUUUGCUUACCAAACACAUUUUAAGAACAUAAUUCAAGCAAAUACUUAUAACUCUUUGUAUACAUCCUGUACAUAAAAUCUCACAAGAAUAUUACUGAUCAGUGAGUAGUUAGUUUUCCAAUAGUCCAGGCCAGCUUUUGGGUGUAUCAUGAUAACAGUGUUAGGUGUAGUGAUUUUGUCAGGCCCUACAAGAGUUGCUGACACAGGGUAGCAAACUACCAAUGGGUUUCUGUGUCACGCAAGCUAAUAAGGAAAGUUGUUGAGUUUUUUUAACAUAAGAUACUAAAUCAAACUAAUUAAAAAAUUAGGAGGUGUCCCUUGUUCACUUAGAAUAUUUUUUCAAGCUCUUAAUAUGUAGAUGGCCUUUGUUCCCACACUUUCAUAAAAUCCUUGGGGAAAUACUGCCCUUUGCUUCUAAGCAUAAACCGUUCCCAGCUGAAUAAAGAAUAAGAAAAAAGAAUAAUUUUCAUUACUAAAUGAAUCACAGACAUUAUAAAAGACUUACAAAAUCUCAUGAUCCAGCCAUUAAGGAAAAUGAAGGACUGUUCCCUAUCAUAGUUUCCAAUGCUCUGUCCAGUUACCAGUGGUUUUAAAUAGCAAUGGGGUUUCAACUACCUUCCUACAUGUCUAAUCGAUUUCACAUUUACAAAAUGUUUCAGAUAUUUGUCUUAAAUAUCAUUUUCUCAGUUGCAUCCCAUUAUUCCUAACUAAAGCUCCAUGGAUUACCAUAAACAAUUUCCCCCCCUUCUUUGUUUUAUACACCCUUCAGAUACAUAUCAGCUGUUAUCAUAUUCUACCCCAUAGUUAUCAUUUGGCUAAAAUCCCAUAUUUAGUUUACUCAGAAGUCAAUUAUUCCAGCCUCUUCAUAAUUUUUGUUGGCAGAGCUUUCUCUUUGCUGAGUGAACGUUUUAUGCUCUAGGAAUUAUUUUGGGGAAGUCCUAUAGUCUGUGCAAUACAGGUCAAACUAGAUGAUCACAGUGUUCCCUUUUGGCCUUAGAAUCUGUGAAUCAAUACAUGCAAUCAGCAUUUAUUUUGUCUCUUUGUGUUGGUUUUUUUGCAGUUCAUUAAUAAAAGGUGAUGCCCUGACAAUAUUGGAGAAAAAAUCCCUCUGUUUAUCCACAGAACAGGUUCAGCAUAAGCAACAACAGUGCAAGCUUCAAUAUACGCUGUCCUCCCACCUAUGUGCCUCAACUGGGACCCAAAGAGACAACCUCUUGGCAAGAAAAUAGAGUUUGCGGUUUAUUUAGCUCUUGUCCUUGGCUGCUAGUUUGUUUGUCAUCUUUACUACAAAUAAAUGACCUGGCCCUGCAA